CGCAUGCGAUGACCGAUGGCAACUGGCAGAUUCACAUCUGUUUACGAGUGGCGUGUAUACACGGAAUGCGCAUUGCCGCGGUAUAAAAGGCUAGAGAUUACGGUUGGAAAGCUGCAGUUCUCACCUGGCCGCCAUAUAUGUACCAUGAGACACGAGGAAGACGCAAGGAUCAAGGUCGGUAUCGCCUUGACCAUCGCGCUGGCUCUCGGCCAUCGAUCACGAGCCGGCGUGAUAUCACUGGAAGGAGAGGCUUCGCACGAACAACAGGAUCCGCUGCAACACGGUUCACUGGCCAACUCGUAUUUGCAGUUUCACGGACCCGUCGAGGGGCCAGUGUUCGAGGUGAAAGUACCGUACGCGGAGGCUCACGAGGACAGCUCGAACCAUUUGCACGGGCACGAGCAGCAGGAGCUGCGCUACGCGCUCGACUACGUCGCGCAUCCCAAGUACGAAUUCUCAUACGGAGUCGAGGACCAUCAGACUGGCGAUUUUCAUGCUCAGAAGGAGACGCGAGAUGGAAGCAGCGUGUCUGGCCAGUACAGCGUGAAGGAACCAGGUGGUAGCGUUCGGGUGGUCAGAUACCGCGCCGACAAGGAUGGAUUUCAUGCCGCGGUGCACACUUCCGGCAAGAACGACCACUCGGCCGCUAUCUACGAUGGUCAAGGUCAGCUUCGAGUUCACGAUCACCAAGCUGCGGUGCAACAGGAGCAAGACGUUCAAGAUUACGUCGCCUCAUAUACCGCGAACGAGGAAUAUUGAUCCUCUCGCGGCCGAUCGAUCUCUUGUCGAGUUUUAUAUCUGCUCGUAACGCUUCGUUGUUUCCUGUCUUCCGCGUCAUAUCAAAGGCUAUCAACCUGAACAUCGUCAUUGUUCGUAUUUGUACAUAUAGAAUAAUAUUUUUUCAAUAAAACGUCUAUUCUUGGAUA